CGGCUGUAGUUAGGAGUCAACUUGACAAAAAGAGUCAUUAUAGAUACUGGUAUUUGUGCUUACAAUUUUCGCGGGUGAUUCGGUGGGUAUUUCGCCACAUCCCCUCCCCCCACACACACUAUUAAUUCCAAGGCCCUGCUCCCUCGCUCCCCAUCUCUCUUGUGCACGCCCCAUACAAAAUCCAUUUUUCCCUACCGCCACUUUACCCGCACUUCGAGAACACAACCUUUUCAUUUCUCACCUUCUUCUUCCUUCCCCCCCCCCCCCCCCCCCCCCCGGCCGUUUUCUCCUCUCUCUCUCUCCCUCUUCUUUCUAUCACAAUUCUGUUAUGGAUGCCGCAAAUUUAGCCAUGGUAUCUUCUUUUUCCAAAACCCCAUCUCCACUUUCUACUGCCAAACCCAUUACGAGAGCACCAUUUUCUGUUUUUUCACUGCCUUCUACCUUUAAGCCACUCGUAAAAUGCAUACAGAAGCCCUCCAAUUCAACCUUUACAUGUUCAGCCGUAACUUCUUUUCCUUCCCAUUCCGAUGUUUCUUCCUCCUCUUCUUCUUCAACGAAGCUAAAGCUUCUGAUUUCAGAAUUCAAAUCACUUGUCGAAUCAAUCGAUCGCGUGAAGCGUCUCUUGCACUACGCAGCACUUGUCCCUCCCAUGGAUGCGUCUCUUAAAACAACGGAGAAUCGAGUUCCAGGUUGUACUGCGCAGGUGUGGCUGCAUGUGAGUAUAGAUGAGGAAGGGAAAAUGAGAUUCUUAGCUGACAGUGAUUCGGAGAUGACCAAAGGGUUUUGCGCGUGUUUGGUUUGGAUGCUUGAUGGGGCGGCUCCGGGUGAAGUGUUGGCGUUGAAGACGGAGGAUUUAAAUGGUUUGAAUGUUGUCGGGUUGAACGGGAAAGGAUCUGCAUCUAGGGUGAAUACAUGGCAUAAUGUGUUGGUCAGCAUGCAGAAAAGAACAAGGGCUGUUGUAGCGGAGAGCCAAGGGAGGCCGCGGAGCGGGCCCUUCCCGUCUCUAGUAGUGACUGCUGAUGGUAUUCAACCUAAAGGGAGUUAUGCUGAGUCCCAGGCGAGGUUCUUAUUUCCUGAUGAGUCAAGGGUCCAAGAACUUGUCAAUGUGCUAAAAGAGAAGAAAAUUGGAGUGGUUGCUCAUUUUUACAUGGACCCUGAGGUGCAAGGUGUUCUUACUGAAGCGCAGAAGUUUUGGCCCCAUAUACAUAUAUCUGAUUCUUUGGUCAUGGCAGAUUCAGCUGUCAAUAUGGCAAAAUCUGGAUGUCAAUUUAUAUCUGUAUUAGGUGUAGAUUUCAUGUCAGAGAACGUGCGAGCGAUUCUUGAUCAAGCUGGAUUUCCAGAGGUUGGAGUUUAUCGGAUGUCGGAUGAACGCAUUGGUUGUUCUUUGGCUGAAGCUGCAUCCAGUCCAUCAUACAUGGAUUAUCUUGCAACAGCUUCAAUUUCUUCUCCAUCACUGCAUGUUGUCUACAUAAAUACUUCUCUGGAGACAAAAGCAUUUUCCCAUGAGCUUGUUCCAACUAUAACAUGUACUUCCUCUAAUGUUGUGCAAACUAUUCUGCAGGCAUUUGCUGAAGUACCUGACUUGAAGGUGUGGUAUGGUCCUGAUACCUACAUGGGCUCAAACAUUAUGGAAUUGUUCAGUCAGAUGUCCAUGAUGACUGAUGAAGAAAUUUCUGAGAUACAUCCUUUACACAACAGGAGCUCCAUUAAAUCUUUGCUUCCUCGACUGCAUUAUUUUCAGGAUGGUACAUGCAUUGUUCAUCACCUUUUUGGUCAUGAAGUUGUGGAGACGAUAAAUGAAAUGUAUUCUGAUGCAUUCCUUACAGCACACUUCGAAGUUCCUGGUGAAAUGUUUUCAUUAGCAAUGGAAGCUAAGAAAAGGGGCAUGGGAGUAGUUGGUUCUACCCAGAACAUACUAGAUUUUAUCAAACAAAGGGUACAAGAGGCCUUGAAUAGAAACAUUGAUGAACAUCUUCAGUUUAUUUUAGGAACGGAAUCAGGAAUGAUUACUUCAAUAGUUGCAGCAGUCCGUAAAUUACUAGGUUCUGCUGACCCCUCUUCUGGGGGAGGAAAAGUUAGUGUUGAGAUCGUCUUUCCGGUCUCAUCAGAAUCAGUGACAAGAACAUCUACUUUUGGUGAAAUGAGGGGUUCCUUGAAGGUCAAUGUUAUACCUGGAGUUGCAAGUGGAGAGGGCUGUUCUCUUCACGGUGGAUGUGCCUCCUGUCCAUAUAUGAAGAUGAACUCUCUUAGCUCAUUGCUAAGAGUUUGCCACAGCUUGCCCCAUAACAAAGCUGAACUUUCAGCGUAUGAGGCUGCGCGUUUCAGUUUGCAAACCCCAAAGGGAAAACAGAUUGCGGAUAUUGGCUGUCAGCCGAUUUUGCACAUGAGACACUUUCAGGCAACAAAGAGAUUGCCCGAGCAGCUUAUCAAUCAAAUACUUCAACCCUGUGAUAAUGGGCGAUCAGGCAUGCAUAAUUAAAAGAAAAGGUGGACCAACAUUGUUAUUUAGACAUGGAAGUUUACUUCCCUUAACUAUACUAGGAAAGGCAAGGCCUGAAGGAAUAUUAUGCCUGCCACAUUUUUUUGCUCGGUACAUGGAUUAUGCUGUGAGCAUGCCUUGGUUGUUCCGUUACUUUUUUCUUUUUAUUUUCACGUUAUUUAGCGUGAUAAUAGAUUUAUAGAUAGAGGAAAAUAAUGAACGAGCUUUGUUUGAGUUGUACCCCUUACAAAAUUUUGUUGGCAUUAAAAGUGUAGUUUCUAUUGUCAUGAUGCCACAAA